GUAUCUGCCUCUCUCUCGGUUCUCUCCCUCUCCCGCGGUCUGUCUCGACACAACAAACGGGUGGCCAUAGCCCGCGAUUGUACUCGAGCGGACGAAAAGCCCCAAACUUUUCAGUUUCUAUCAUUUUCUACGUCUCUCACUUCCUCCUCCUGGAUUCCUCACCGUCAUCUCUCUCUCUCUCUCUCUCUCUGCACAACCCCGAGCCUUCCCUCUGCCUCUCUCCCGCCUUAUCUCUCUCAUCUCUCCCUGCUGGAGUGACGAAGCACCCAUCAUACCUCUGCAUCUGACGGAAGCUACGAAGGUUGGGGGAGCAGCUGGUGGAACAAAGUAAGGGAGUUGGGUAGAAUUGCAGAGAAUCCCAAGGGUAAAAUUGAGAAAAAUGUUUUGGAAGUAACACUGCUGGAGAACAACAACAACACUGCCUCCAAGAUCCACCAGCUAAGAAAGUCAUGGCCUAUUCUUCAACGGAUAUGGACCAUCCCUUUUUUGAAACCAGCCCCUCAUCUCCAGAUCGGAAUCCAGCUAAGGAAGUCAUGGCCUAUCCUUCUUCUACUUCUGAAACCAGUCCCGUGUGUACGACAAAGAAAUGUAGGAAGCUGAAACAACGUAGGCUAGAAGGCUCCUUGGAACAAGAUGAACAACUCCUGCUGGAGGGAUUUGUCAUGGACAUCUCUGUGCGCCCCACACAGCCCCAUCACAGCUUUAUUGCAGAUGUCCCCAGAAGCACUAGGAGGGAGGAGAGAGGUAUUGGAAAUUACCACAUGAGGAGACGAGAUGAAGAUUCUGUGGACCUGUUCAUGUGAUGCUUCCCGGAAGUUCAUCAUUGGGCAGGGAGACAAUGUGCAUAUUUCUUUUGCCUGCUCAUGUGGCAAGACCCGGAAACUCAUCCACAACCCCUGCCAGUGAUGAGAGGGCUGUGAUGAUGAUCUCAGAGGGAGACCCCUUCCAGAAAAGGUCAUCCCCUCUUCUCCCUUCUCUCUACACUUUCUCCUGUACAGCAUUGGGCGCAACAUCUUAGUUCUGGGGAAUGAGAAUUUGACAAAAACCUUUCUACAUCAUAUAGAAUUUACAUUUGGAUGGAUGCUUUUUAAGAGAAGUUAUCAAUAAGCUACAUGUAAGAAAUGUAAGAAGGUGAUACUUUUUAAGAAAA